AUGCCCUCAAUCCCACUGCACCCGCGCUCCUCCGGACUCGCUCCAACCAAGCCCACAGGCGCCCCCUUCCACCCUGUCCACCCCGUCCACAACCCUCUGCCUCAGCUUCUCCAAACACCCUCAGGUCUCGCGCUCCUCGAACUUCAAGGCACAAUCAACGUGCCAGCCUCAGAGACGGAACAAGAUGGACCCGAUGAAAACCAGGACCUCGAAUCUACAUCCUACGAAACCCCCAUCGGCAAACUCAUGUUCCCGGACUACUCGAUCCACAACCCGGAUGACACCAAGUGGAUGAAACGGGUGUAUCUCUAUGUUGGCCGGUACCAGCGGAUGACUGGAGAAGUGAAGAAACUGCCACGACCGAUUGCGGUGCUACAGAAGAGGGCUGGGACAGAUGGGUCGGAGGAAUUGGAGGUGGUGGAGAUUGUGCGGUAUAAGGUGUUUUUCAAGAACCGACCGGAGCCAGUAAAUGAUGUUUGA